AAAAGGAUCAAAAGUUAUGGUACAGGAAAAUUUUGGAUUAGUCAGUCUAUUAAAUAAGGGGAGACAAAUAAAAAGACAUGACCACAGAACCAACUCAGAUUUAAUUCACUGAAUCUGCUUGCCACGGGACAAGGAGGCAGAAGAAUGUCAGGAAUGACCCAGCACGUGCCUGGUUGUGCAAGAGCCACCUCCUGCUUUUCUCAGAGUCAAGCCUGAGCCUAUAAAAGACACAUCCAGCCUCAGCACCUCAUCUGCUCUGACUCCCCAGGGACGUGUCUGUGCUCCUGCGUGUGACCAGGGCUGACUAAACUCUGCCAGGAUGUCUUGCCAGCAAAACCAGCAGCAGUGCCAGCCCCCUGCCAAGUGUCCUCCCAAGUGUACUCCAAAAUGUCCACCUAAGUGUCCCCCCAAAUGCCCACCCCAGUGCCCAGCUCCAUGUUCCCCUGCAGUCUCUUCCUGCUGUGGUCCCAGCUCUGGGGGCUGCUGUGGUCGCAGCUCUGGGGGUUGCUGCAGUUCUGGGAGUGGUGGCUGCUGCCUGAGCCACCACAGGCCCCGCCUCUUCCACAGGCGCCGGCACCAGAGCCCAGAUUGCUGUGAAAGUGAACCUUCUGGGGGCUCUGGCUGCUGCCACAGCUUUGGGGGCUACUGCUGACCUGGGCUAAGAAGAACUCUUUGGACUGAAUGUUCAAGAACCUGCUACAACCUGAUGCUUAACUCUUUCCAUUUCCUCUCAUUCCAUUCAUGGGUGGACAGGGACCACCAAGACUCAUGGGGCUUCCCUGGAAGAACUUUGCACUUGAUGGAGCACCUCAAUUGCAGGUCUUCUUUUCCUCCUUUACCUCAUGCUAUAAUAAAGCUCUGAUUUCUGACUCACAAA